UUUAGAGGACGCCGCGAAGCGCAAUGGCGAUGAAGGUGAUCGCUCCCGCGAAUAAGAAAAUCCUUCCCUUGAUGUCCAGGGUCCUCCUCAGUAAGAUCGAGAGCCACGCCGAGAAAACCAAGGCCGGAAUCAUACUGCCCACAUCACACUACUCCGAGAACGAGGUAACAAUGGCCAAAGUGGUCGCUGUUGGCCCCGGAGAGGUGACCGAAGGUGGGAAACUCAUCCCGGUGUUCGUCAAGGUUGGGGACACUGUUUUAAUCGGAGAGCAUGGCGGACAUAGAGUGAACGAUGAGAAUUUGUACCUCUUCAGGGACGAGGACAUUGUCGGAAUUAUUCACGACUAAUGCUGCUAGACGCAAACGAAAACAAUCGGAUUUUUCCUUCUUCCUAGACGUAGAAACAUUAGAUGCCAGAAACUAGCUAGAGAGUGUCGCCGUGAGCUCGGUUUGAGAGGUUUUGCUUACUACAGGGCGCGCGGUGGUGCGAUCUUUGCCAUCCCGAGCCAUGCGACGACACCCAAGACGAGCACAGCCCAGCCGAGAACGUCAUACUUGAAGUCAUUGUUUUGCUUCUUCUUCCUUCCCUGGAGAAGUGGAAGAAAAGAAGAACUUUGUCAGGAGAAACUAUCUCGAAACUAUAUCUAGAAGAUCACCUUUGCCGAGA